AGGGGAAGGGGAGGAGCAGGAAGGCGAGGAGCACGAAGAGGAGCGGCCCGAGGAGGAGCAGCAGUGGCAGGAGCAUUGCGGGGCUCCACGGCGAGCCCGCUGAGCCCGCAGCUCGGCUGGCCCCGGCAGCAUCGCAUUGCCCUGCGUGCCGCGGCAAGCAAGCAAGCAGCGCUGGGUGGUCGGGGAGUCACCGCUCCACUCACGGCACACACCACUUACAAGUUCGGAUUUCCCAUUCCCAGACCUUAUCUGGAUAGAGGAGAAGGCUGCGAGGAAGCAGAAUAUGCUCCAGAACACUGAGGCAGACAAGGAGCUGAAGAUGGAGAGCAGGGAGGACAAAUCCCCACGGCAGAACCUCAUGGACGAGGCCGUUUUGAGCGGCUCCACAGCACGGGAACCUAAUGGGGCUGAAAAGCCUCGGAGAUCCCUCAGGAGGAGGGGCUCCAAACCCAGCCCAGGAUAUGCUGAGGGAGAAAGACCCAGCCUGUGCCAGGAAGGCAGCCAGAGAUCUGGCCAGAGCUCUGAGGUGGUGGUCAAUGAGCAGCUUAAUGAUGGCAAGAAGCCCCACCAGUGCUUGGAAUGUGGGAAGAGUUUUCCCGCGAGCUCCCACCUGAUCAUCCACCAGAGGAUCCACACCGGGGAACGGCCCUACGAGUGUGGGGAAUGUGGGAAGAGCUUCAGGAUCAGCCACCAACUCACUGCCCACCAGAGGAUCCACACUGGGGAACGGCCCUACGAGUGUGGGGAAUGUGGGAAGAGCUUCAGGAUCAGCCACCAACUCACUGCCCACCAGAGAAUCCACACGGGGGAACGGCCCUACGAGUGUGGGGAAUGUGGGAAGAGGUUCCAGACCAGCUCCCACCUGAUCACCCACCGAAGGAUCCACACUGGGGAAUGGCCCCACGAGUGUGGGGAAUGUGGACAGAGGUUCAGGAUCAGCUCCCACCUGAUCGCCCACCAGAGGAUCCACACCGGGGAACGGCCCCACAAGUGUGAGGAAUGUGGGAAGAGCUUCAGGAUCAGCUCCCACCUGAUCGUCCACCAGACGACCCACACCAGUGAACGGCCCUAUAAAUGUGGAGAAUGUGGGAAAGGCUUCAGGAGGAGCUCCAGCCUGAAACUCCACCAGAUGACCCACACUGGGAUACGCCCCUAUGUGUGUGGGGAAUGUGGGAAGGGCUUCCGUGACAGCUCUCGCCUGAUCAUCCACCAGACAAUGCACACUGGGGAAUGCCCCUACACGUGCUCAGAAUGUGGGAAGAGCUUCAUUGAGAACUCCAGCCUGAUUAUGCACCAGAGGAUCCACACUGGGGAGAGGCCCUACGAGUGCGGGGAAUGUGGGAAAAGCUUCAUCCAGAGCUGCCAUCUGAUUCUCCACCAGAGGAUCCACACUGGGGAGAGGCCCUGUAAGUGCAGGGAAUGUGGGAAAAGCUUCACUGCGCCCUCCGCCCUGAUUGCCCACCAGAGGAUCCACACUGGGGAGAGGCCCUACAAGUGCGGGGAAUGUGGGAAAAGCUUCAGCCAGAGCUCCAGCCUGACUGUCCACCAGAGGAUCCACACCGGGAAGAAGCACUAUGAGUGUCCUGAGUGUGGGGAGAGGUUUCAGAGCAGAUACCGUCUCCUCAAGCAUCAGCAGAUUCACACAGAAUAGAGGCCCUUCCGCUGCCCCGAGUGCAGGAGGGGCUUUAAGAAAAACUCCACCCUCAUCACCCACCAGCGGAUCCACGCUGGGGAGAGGCCCUAAGAGUGUCCCAAGUGUGGCAAGCGCUUCUCCCAGAACUCUACUAUGACCCAGCACCAAGGGAGGCAGCAGUAAGGGAAGCCCUACAAGUGCCCCGUGUGCAGGAAGAGCUUUGAGCGCUGCUCCAACUCCAUCCCCCACUGGAGGACCCCCAUUGGAUGGUCCACGAUGACCCUCGUUUGGCAGAGACUUGGUGAUCCAUGGUCCCUUUGAUCCAUGUUAGGAAGAAACCUGGCUGGUGGUCUCCACAUCUUCCUGGCUCCUCUUGGACACUUGGGCAGCAGGAGAAAAAUCCAUUGGGAUGCAAACCGACAUCAGAAUUUCAUAGGGGACCGUACAGUUUUUUUACUUUCGACCCCAAAAAUAUCUCACUUUUGCAUCCAAUCAUUUCUUCAGGUGGCAUCAAGGAAUACUCCAUGGUGUUAGAGGUCUUUUCCAACCUAAAUCAUUCUAUGAUUCUAAUUCUCCCUGGCCUAGAGACAUCUUCCACAGCCAAAUGGUGAUGGACUGGGGCACAAAAACAGGAUUUUUGAGAAAAUGGAGUGGAAAUUCCUCUAGAAAAGAUCCUUUCUACCCACCCAGGCACAUGGAUACUCAGCCAGCAUGUACACGUAAAUCCUUUUAUUUUGGCCUUGAUUUUCCUUCAUAUUUCUUUAUCCCUUCACCCACCAUUGGGGUAAAAAUAAAGACAUU